GAGGGCGCAUUAGUCGGGUUUCUGCGCUUGUCGGAGACGGGUGCGCGCUUAUUUCCAUUCGCGUUUCGAUUAAUUACUUUAAGCUUGAUAUUUAUUACUAAAAACUUUACUUAAGGUUUAUUUUAAGUUGUAAUUUUGUGUGUUUUUAAGUUUUGUGAAUUUAUUUAAGUGUUUUAAAUUAACGACUCAUUCCAUACAACAUGGCUAAAACAGAGAAGUCAUUUACGAGAAAUAUUACAGAUUGCCUGACAUGCGUCCAAGUUUUGAACAUAAUGGUGCUUCUCGGGUUCAUGUUGAACUACGCACUGCGCGUGAACCUCACAAUUGCCAUAGUGCAGAUGAUAUACGACGAGAAGAAUACACAGGUGGUGGCCAAUCUCACCGAAUCACUUAACGUUACAGAGCACCCAGAGCAUAUAACACAGACCCGCUAUCAUUGGGAUACAAAGCAGAAGAACCAUCUGCUUGGUUGCUUCUUCUGGGGCUAUGUUCUCACAGAGGUUCCAGGAGGUCGACUUGCAGAGGUUAUAGGAGCAAGGCGAGUCUUCGGCUACAGCACUCUUCUUGCCAGCAUCCUCACCCUUCUCUCCCCUGGUGCUGCCGCUCUUGGCUUCGGCUGGAUAGUGGCGUUACGAGUAGUUCUCGGCUUCCUCUUGGGAGCAACAUGGCCGGCCAUUCUUCCCAUGGCCUCCAAAUGGAUUCCUCCAAUGGACAGAUCGAAGUUCAUGUCAAACAUGAUGGCGUCGUCCCUAGGAGCAGCGGUUACGAUGCCCAUCUGCGGCUUUCUCAUCGCGCACUUCGGAUGGGAAUCAGCCUUUUACUUUACUGGUAUUAUCGGUAUUAUGUGGUCUGUCGCAUGGUUCGCGGUUGUAUACGAUUCACCUGCCCAGCAUCCACGCAUAUCUGAUGCAGAGAGGAACCAUCUCAUGAAGGCACUGCCACAGGACACCAACAAAGGCCACAACCCAGUACCAUGGCGCAGUUUGCUGACGUCAGCACCCGUCUGGGCCAUCGUGUUAACCCACGGAGCCUCUGUCUUCGGCUACUUCACCGUCGUCAAUCAACUGCCUACUUACAUUGAGAGCAUACUCAACUAUAGUAUUAAGCAAAAUGGCCUCCUGUCUUCUUUGCCGUAUCUGGGUAAAUACCUGUGCGCCUUAGCAUCAUCAGUGCUGGCUGAUUCACUACGACGCACUGGCAGUCUGUCUACCACAACAGCCAGGAAACUCUUCACCGCAUUGGCUGUUGGCUUACCAGGUAUACUUAUGAUCGCGCAAGCGUUCUUCGGUCACGAUCGCAUCUGGUCCAUUGCUAUCUUCACACUGGCGUUGACAAUCAACGGAGCCGUCACUGCUGGUUACCUUGGCAACGGGCUGGAUAUUGCACCUAACUUCAGUGGCACCAUAUUUGGUAUUGCCAACACGCUGUCUUCCAUUGGCGGCUGGCUUUCUACUUUCAUGGUUGGAGAACUUACUAAACACGAAAACACAUACUCCCAAUGGCAAAUAGUAUUCUUCAUAUUAUCUGGGACGUAUAUUUUCGGCGCCUUAGUGUUUACUUUCCUUGGGUCAGGCGAACUUCAACCGUGGAACUCGCCACCGAGCGACAACGAUAAGCGUGAGGAACAACCGCUCAAUGAGCAGAAAGCCUAAAUAAUCCAUAGACAAUAGAAAUCAUAGACUAUAAUUGUAUAACACUAUUGUCAGCUUAUAGUCUGUGGCUCCUAGCUAAUGAAUAUAGUCUAUGAAAUCUAUGCUUCAAAGAUUAUAGCAGUAUUUAAUUUAUAAUAGAUGCAGAUUCCAAAUUUGAAUUUAGGUGUUACAAAAUGGCUGAUUAAA